GCGGAGAGCGGCGCUCGUCGGGAGAGGUCGGGCGGGCGGCGGCAGCCGCGCCGGGAACGGGAACACUGUGCCAAAAAAGACUUUUGCUCAGAUGACAUCAUACUUGGACUACUAAAGCUAUCCACCCACUCUUCAAGGCAUAAUGGAUUUCUAGGUAAUUUAACAAAUGCAGUGUGAAGCCCAUUCCUUCAUUUGCAAAAACCUCUGGAAAGUUAUUUGGAUGAUAUAUAUUGAAUGUUGGUGAAAUUAGUUCUGCUGCAGGUGUGAGGUGCUCUUCUGUCUCUGCUGGGAACAUACAGGCCUGAAUCAGUUAUUAAAUUCUUGGAAAACUUUGAGUGGCCUGUGUAAUGUUCAUAAUUUAAUGCUUUUCUGUAAAAGAGGAUACUCCACAUUGUUCUUGAGAAGAACCAGCGUUUCAUCCCUAAACCAUACACUUUAACAAGUCCCAAAGUAUAAAAGGCAAACGUACAAAUGUCUACCACAAGACUAAAGUGUGCUAUGUUAUGUUUUUUACCAUAAGCACCCAUAAAAUGAGCUCCAUUGCAGACAGAAAUGAUGGAAGCAUUUUUGAUGGUCUGGUGGAAGAAGAUGACAAAGAUAAAGCAAAAAGAGUGUCUAGAAACAAGUCUGAAAAGAAACGUCGAGAUCAGUUUAAUGUUCUUAUCAAAGAGCUGGGUUCCAUGCUUCCAGGUAAUGCUCGGAAGAUGGAUAAAUCCACUGUACUACAGAAGAGCAUUGACUUUUUACGGAAGCACAAAGAAAUUACUGCACAAUCAGAUGCCAGUGAGAUUCGACAGGACUGGAAGCCAACAUUCCUUAGUAAUGAAGAGUUCACACAGUUAAUGUUAGAGGCUCUUGAUGGUUUUUUUUUAGCAAUUAUGACAGAUGGAAAUAUAAUAUAUGUGUCUGAAAGUGUAACUCCUUUACUUGAACAUUUGCCAUCUGAUCUUGUGGAUCAGAGCGUAUUUAAUUUUAUCCCAGAGGGGGAACAUUCAGAAAUUUAUAAAAUUCUGUCUUCUCAUCUGCUGGAAAGUGAUUCAUUGACACCGGAAUACUUAAAAUCAAAAAAUCAGCUAGAAUUCUGUUGCCAUAUGCUGCGAGGAACAAUAGACCCAAAAGAGCAACCUACAUAUGAAUAUGUAAAGUUUAUAGGAAAUUUCAAGUGUUUGAAUAAUGUUCCCAAUUCAGCACACAAUGGUUUUGAAGGAACCAUUCAGCGAUCGCACCGGCCUUCAUAUGAAGACAAAGUUUGCUUUAUAGCCACAGUUAGAUUAGCUACACCUCAAUUUAUCAAGGAAAUGUGCACUGUUGAAGAACCCAAUGAAGAGUUCACAUCUAGACAUAGCUUAGAAUGGAAGUUCCUAUUCUUGGAUCACAGGGCACCUCCAAUAAUAGGCUAUCUUCCAUUUGAAGUUUUGGGAACGUCAGGCUAUGAUUAUUAUCAUGUGGAUGAUCUAGAUAAUCUGGCAAAAUGUCAUGAGCAUUUAAUGCAAUACGGGAAAGGGAAGUCAUGUUAUUACAGAUUCCUUACAAAGGGACAGCAAUGGAUUUGGCUGCAGACACAUUACUAUAUCACAUAUCACCAGUGGAAUUCCAGGCCAGAGUUUAUUGUAUGUACGCACACAGUUGUAAGUUAUGCAGAAGUCAGAGCAGAAAGGCGGCGAGAGCUUGGUAUUGAGGAGUCUCUUCCAGAGAUAAAAGCAGAUAAAAGUCAAGACUCUGGAUCUGAUAAUCACAUAAACACAGUGAGCCUCAAAGAAGCUCUGGAAAGAUUUGAUACCAGCCCCACACCUUCCGCUUCCUCCAGGAGUUCAAGAAAAUCUUCACAUACUGCAGUAUCAGAUCAUUCAUCGACACCAACUAAAAUGACAGUGGACACUAGCACUCCCCCAAGACAAAGCUUAUCUGCUCAUGAAAAGUCUACACAAAGAAGAUCAUCUCUGAGUAGUCAGUCUUUAAGCUCCCAGUCUCUUGGACAACCAGUAACACAGCCAGCGAUGUCUCAGCCUGCUGCUUUACAGCUCCAGUCCAGCAUGUCCCAGCCUGUCUUUCAGUUUUCAGCUCAAUUAGGAGCUAUGCAGCACCUGAAGGACCAGCUGGAGCAGAGAACACGCAUGAUAGAGGCAAAUAUUCAUCGGCAGCAAGAAGAGUUGCGGAAAAUUCAAGAACAGCUUCAGAUUGUCCACGGUCAAGGACUUCAGAUGUUCUUGCAGCAGUCAACUUCUGGACUAAACUUCAGUUCUGUGCAACUUACAUCCGGAAAUUCUUCAAGCGUUCAGCAACUUGCACCAGCAAACAUGCAAGGUCAGGUUGUUCAAACUAAUCAGACUCAAAGUGGGAUGAACACAGGGCAUACAAGUACACCACAUAUGAUCCAGCAACAGCCUUUGCAGAGCUCUGCGUCACAGCAUAAUCAACAAAACGUACUUAGUGGGCACGGUCAACAAUCUUCUCUUGCCAGUCAGUCACAGAACACAGUCUCAACACCUCUGUAUAACACUAUGGUGAUUUCUCAGCCAACAACCGGCAAUGUGGUUCAGGUUCCUUCUAGCUUACCACAGAACAAUAACCAGAAUGCUGCUGCAGUAACUACUUUUACACAAGAUAGACAAAUCAGAUUUUCUCAAGGUCAGCAGCUUGUAACAAAACUUGUCACAGCCCCAGUAGCGUGUGGAGCGGUAAUGGUACCAAGUACUAUGUUUAUGGGACAGGUGGUGACAGCUUAUCCUACUUUUGCUGCCCAACAGCAGCAGCCACAGACUUUGCCAGUAACACAGCAACAGCAGCAGCAGCAGCAAAGUCAGCAAGACCAGCAGCAGCAGCAGCAGCUCACUGCAGUUCAACAACCAGCUCAGCCGCAGCUGACCCAGCACCCGCAACAGUUCCUACAGACAUCCAGGUUACUUCACGGGAAUCAGUCAGCUCAGCUUAUCCUCUCUGCUGCUUUCCCACUACAGCAAAGCACUUUUACUCAGUCCCACCACCAGCAGCACCAAUCGCAGCAGCAGCUCUCACGGCACAGAACUGACAAGAUGACGGAUCCUUCCAAAGCGCAGCCGCAGUAGCUGGGGGCUCUGCCUCUCCUGGAAGUCAGCUACCAGGAGGGGGCUGCUCCAUAACCACUCGCACUGAAGUUGCAGAGGUAGCAGUACAAAGCCUUUCUAACGCUGCGGUGUUGAGACCUACAGCUAACUUCUGGAAUCUGUUGAGGAAAACCACCAGGUGAUGGCAGGGACGCGGCCAACUUUGAUCGUUGUCCCGGUUUCUGUGCUCUAAAAGGUUUGCUGCCAUGUGUCGAUUUGUCCAGGUGAAAUCAAAAAAUGUGACUGAAAUGAGAGGGAUGCUGAAAAUAUUGGUAUUUUUUAUCAGUUCUGUACAUUUUUAAAGUAUUAAAAUGGACACAGAGCAAUUGUUUGAUUUAGGAGACAAAAUGCCAGGAAUAUAGUCCGACAAACAUCUAAUUUUUUCAGAUGAUUAUGGGACAGUAAAUAUUUUGAAAAUGUUGUGUGAAAUCCAGUUCUCUGUUGUACAGAUGCUGUAAAAUAUUGUGUAUAUGUCUGCAUAAAAGGAGAAAGAGCAAAAUAUUUUAUAUGAUGCAUGAAAUGUAAUCUGUUAUUUGUAGGUUUGAAUAUGUUCCCCUAAAUUUUCACGCCAUACUCAGACUGACGUUUUCCUUUGUUCUGCCCCUUUGUUUACAACAUGCUGCAUCGUUACUUUCACCCUCAGUGUGGGCACAAGUCUCUCGUUUGUGCUUGGUGGUGUCACAGUCUGCUCUGUGAGGUAUGGUGUGUUGGUUCGUUGACUUCUCGAGGUUAAAUUAUGGAUGAAGCCGUUUGAACUGGUGGUCGUGCAUCAGGGUUCAGGGUGUUCAGAUUCAUGAGUAUCAUCCAUCGUUUCAUACCUAAUUCAUUUUAUUUGAAAAAAAAACAAAAAACAAAAAAUAGGAAUUUGCACUGCUUCCUUGCGGAUGGUUUGGAAUUUUAUUCCCCAAAGCUAUCUUUUGAUAUAGUUCAUAGUUGGGAAAUAUUUAUGUAAAAUGUUAAAAAAAAAAAAAAGAAAAAAAAAGAAAAAAAAAAAGACGGUAAUUUUCAAGAAUGUUUCAGUUAUAGGAGUAAUUUGCACAAAAAAUAUAUUUACAUUUAAUAACCUUUUGGGCACUUUUUAACCACUUUCUCUGUGGUGAGAAUUGUAACUUGUUAAAAUAUGUUGGAAUCUUUUUAUUCUCAUUCAAAAAUUAGAUCUUUCUUUAGUCAGAACUAAUUCAGGGUCAUUUUAACAACGACAGAAAAACCCAUAGUGCCUUGAUUUUAAUUCAGGUGAUAAUGUUGAACAUCUUGACUUGCAGUGUCUCGAAUCUGUAACCAUUCUCGAUUUUGAAGUCUUAGUACAUUGUCAGCCAAACUCGUGUAUCUACUUCAUAGCUGUUUCUGCAUCGUGAUCAUCUCAAUAACGAUCUGAGUUGAGAACGUGAGCGUUUUUGAGUGCUGCUCCCCCUCAAACACUAAGUCAGAAACUGAGGAGUCUCUGCAAUCUCAGACUUUGAAGGUAUUGUUCUUGAAGAUGUAAAAACAGAGAGUGCUCCUUCAGUGGGAGCAGGGAGGGUAACCUGAUCUGAAAUAAUAAGAGUCAAAAAUCA